AAUCAGACCGGCAGACCCCCACAGUCCACCGGGAGAGCCAGAGCCCUCAACCGGUAUCAGUCCGGGUCUGACACGCACGCGCCUCCCCGUGCUCCGACCACGCGCCUGCGCAGUGCCGGGAGAGAGCCAGAGAGAGAGCGAGAGAGAGAAAGAGAGAGAGAGACGGGGCUCGAGCCGCCGCACCGAGCAGCUCCCACCGGAACGAAACCCGGAUCCGACGCCGACCGCCGCCACGAUCCGACCGCCGAGAGGCCAGCGACGCUCCGCCGGGUAGCAGGCCGCGCAGAGCGGAGGCAGGCCGGGAGUUUUCCCCGACGAUCUGCCUCUGCAGACGGCGAGACAAAGCGGGAUGUGGCGGCCGCCGGCGCCGCUUCCACACGGCGUUAAGCACUGAGUCACGGUGCUGGAUCCUCCGCUGCGGCCCCCGACCUGCCUGCAGUCAGACUGCGUGACUCCACCAGAGCAGAGGCUCACCACCGACAUCCAGAUGUUGGCCCGACGAUGAUGAUGAUGACGACGACGAGGACGAUGAUGAUGAAGAAGGUGGAGGUGGUGAGGCUCCAUGUUCUGACAACAUUGUCCUGAUGUCCUGGCGGUGUUGAUUCUGCACAUGACGGGCUGAACGGCAGAGAUCAUGCACCCUAAAGAGCCAGCGGGAGACAAAAGACACCUACAGGAGCUCUGAUUAAACAUCUGGAGAACACAGAGGCAGAUGAAAACAUCUGGAGGACACAAAGAGGCUUGAGACAUCUGGAUUACGCGGAUAUGUAAAACACCUGGAGGGCCCAAAGACUUUCAAAACACCUGGAAGACACGAAGACGUAGGAAAAAUCUGGAUCACACAAAGACAUUUGAAACACCUGGAGGACACCUAGACAUUUAAGACAUCUGGAUGGCAUAGACAUUUACAACAUCUGGAGGACAUAAGUACAUUUAAAACAUCUGGAAUAUACAAAGGACAUCUGGUUGACAGAUAUUUAAAACAACUGGAGGACAGAAAGUCAUUUAAAACAUCUGGAUGACGGAUUUGAAAACAUCUGGACUACACAAAGACAUUUAAAACAUCUGAAGGAUACAGCCACAGGUAUACGCUUCAGGAGGACACAGACACUGACACCUGGACAUCUUUCUGUGAAAGUUGAGUGUUUUUUGAGCUUUUGAUGUAAGAACAUGGCGUCUCUGGGAUGGACGCGUCUUCACGUCUUGUCGGUCUUGGUUGUGGUCCCGGUCCUGGUCCCGGUCUUCCCCGUGUCGGCGGCCCGCUCAGACCGGAACAUGGUGUCGGAGGAGUAUGUGAGCGCCAUGGUGAACGCCACGGUGCUGGACGCGCGAGGGAACAUCGUCCACAUGAUGAGCAGCGAUGACGGGACGUACGGGCAAAAUUCACCGAAGGUCGACACGAGGGGCGUGGUGAUCGCACCUGCCCCGCAUCACGGAGUGGUGGACAGGCAGGGCUGUGACCCCAACACUCGCUUUCUGGUCCCGCCCCGCGGCGUCCACUGGGUGGCGCUGCUGCAGCGAGGGAACUGUACCUUCAAGGAGAAGAUCCUGAAGGCGGCGGCUUUCAACGCCACGGCCGUCCUGAUCUACAACAACUCCACCGAGAAGACCGUCAAGAUGGGCCAUGAAGGUACCGGUGACACCGUGGCAGUGAUGAUCACGGAGGCGUACGGCAAAGAGAUCCUGGCCCAUCUGGACCGGAACCUGACGGUCCUUGUCUCCGUGGUGGUGGGUCUCCGCGGCUCUGCCAAAGACAACCGAGGCUCUUUGGUUUUCGUCUCCAUCUCCUUCAUCGUCCUCAUGAUCAUCUCGUCAGCCUGGCUCAUCUUCUACUUCAUCCAGAAGAUCCGCUAUACAAGUGCCCGUGACCGCAGCCAGCGUCGUCUGGGAGAUGCAGCAAAGAAAGCUAUUGGGAAGCUGACAACGAGGACGGUGAAGAAAGGAGACAAGGAAACAGAUCCAGACUUUAAUCACUGUGCUGUGUGCAUUGAAGCCUACCAGCUCAAUGAUGUGGUUCGAAUCCUGCCCUGCAAACACGUCUUCCAUAAAGUGUGUGUGGACCCGUGGCUGAACGAACAUUGCACCUGCCCCAUGUGUAAACUCAACAUCCUCAAGGCUCUGGGCAUCAUGACCAGUCUUCCCUGCGUGGACAGCGUGGUGCUGGACGUGGAGCGUUUGGGCGUCAGUCAGACGUCUGGCAGCCAGAGGGCGCUGCUGAGCGACGCCAACCAGCCGUCCAUCAGCCUGGAGCCGCUCAGCCCCCCCCACUCCGAGGCCACGCCCAGGACCCCCGCCGACAUCACCAUCGCCGUGACCAGCGGCGGUCACUUCUUCAACAGGAACUCCAUGUCCCCCCGCAGUGUCGUCUGUGAGAUCGAGCUGCCAGACAUCCAGGCCUCACUCGACCUCUACGAAGAGAACAAGUCCUGAGGCUCGUCGCCAUGGCAACGACCCCCCCGGACCCCAAUCCGCUCCAAAUGCUGAGGGACACGCGACCUUUUAUUGGACACAGAAAAUCGAUCGACAAACAUUUCAGCGUCAUUUAUUCCUGCGGACUUUCUCAGACUGACCUGAUCCUGGUCCGGAUAACGUCCUGGAUCCAGCUUCAGCUUUAUUCUGACUUCCUUUUCGUUUCUAGAAGACAGAAACUGGAAUAAGCUGCGCUUCAUCAUCCAAACAACUGAACUCCAGAACCUCUUCCAGCACAGGAACCUGAACCUGAACCACAACCCCAUGGUGUUUCUCAGAGGAAUGGCAUUAUUAGUUUCCGAGAGCAUUUCCAAAGCAUCAGGAACAUUCUGAAAGUUCUCCAAAGACAAGGAAUUCUGUGGGAUAGGUUUUUUUUAAAAUGAUAUACUGAAGGGACUUCACUUGUGUUAGACAGUAAUUCACCUAAUCAGUCUCAAUCACGCACAAACUGAUAUGUCAGGUACGAAUACAGCAUCGCGAACAACGCAGGGUUUGGUGUUUUGCCCGAGGAUGCUCACAUGUUGGCGUGAGAGAAUAAACAUGACUGACAGGGGGGAAACAAGACCAACCGAUGCCCAAUGCGCCAUUAAUUUAAUAAGUAUUUGGUGAAUUCAUUCAAAUUUAUUGAUUUCAGGGGUUUUGUGAAGUUGCCAGAAAAUGUUGUGGACCCAGAGUGAAGUUUCAGCUGCAUAAUGUUCCAAAAUUCCCUGAAAGUUUCAGGAGAUCCUUCAUAAUGAUCCCCUGGAAAGAUUUUUAAAAAUGGAAAAUGUUCUCUUAAAAGCUCCCUGAUGCCAUAAUACAUCCUGGAAAUGUUCAGUGGUCUGCAGAAAGACUGUUUUAGAGGGUUUAGUGGUCAACUUUUCAGAAAUUUCCCAAAGAUGAUUUAGUUUUCAGUGGAAAAGAUGCAGAACGUUCCUGGAAAACUCCCUGAGUGCCUAAAAGGUUCCUGAAAUGUUUUUUUUCUUUCUUUUUUUAAUGACGCAAAUGUUGUUUGUUUGAUGUGAACAGUUUCUGAGCCGUUUCAGAAGGUUGGAAACGUUUCUGAAAGGCUCACAGUUCCUAAAAAGGAUUCCAGGUGUUCAACUUGUUUUCUGUGCCUGGAAAACAUCAAACGAUGUGUUGGAUCUGAACCCACACCUGAACCAGAACUGGUACCCAGAAGUGGUUCAUCCCCAUGUUUCCUGAUGUUGCCGGGCCAUGCGAUCGGCUGACUGAUGAGUCCAUCGUUCAUCUCGCGCCAGACUGUCUCAAGACCUGGAUCAGAACUUCUCCUGUGUAAAUACUGACUGAACUGGUUCUUCCUUUUUAUCAGCAUACUGGAACUAUAAUCCGAGGAGAUCCUGAACCGAAAACUGGACCUGGACCUGAAGCUGAAUCUUCUGGAGGGAUCAAGUGAACCUUAACAGUGUUAACUCCCCGCUGUAGCAAACAUGAUGUUUCUGUGUACAUUUAAAGGAACAGUUCAGCAUUUUGGUGAACCUCCUCUUGUAUGUUGGUGGAGUUCCUCAGGGAGCCGCUCUGAGUCUCCUGAACUCUCAGACAUGUAAAGGAAUAUUUUCAAAACGUGGCUUUUCUUUUUCUUCAGUUUCAGCUUUGUCAUGGGAAGAGAUUAGGUUAAUCUAACUUAGCACAAGCACUGAUAAGGUGUGCGGGACGUCAAACUACAUUAUCAAACUACAUCAGACUACAUGAGGAGUUCUCAGUUGCUACAGUGUGACACAUUGGACGUGUCUCUCUCUCUCUCUCUACUACAAAAUGGGUUGUUUAGUUUCUGCAGCAGAGACUCAGAGGGUUUCCUGAAGUAGUGGACUACUCCUUUAAAGUUUAUUAAACUGCUUCUGAAUUACUCCGCCUGUAAUAAUAAUCAGUAUAUAAACACAAUUAUACAACUUAUAACCUGACUUAUUGAUCAUUACUAUUUCUGAAGUGACCUGAGGACGCUCGUCCGUCUGUCCUCGUCUCUGUGUCUCGUAGUGAUGAUGAUGAUGAUGAUGAUGAUGAUGAAGGUGAAUGUGUGAUGCUUUCAGUUCACUGUGUCUUUACUGCCUCAACAUUAAGUGUCAAUAAAGUGUCUUUAUUGAAUUUAA